CACAGCUUACUUCAUAGUUACGGGCAAGUGUACUGUCACUUGUCCCUCUGUAACUGCCAUUUGAGGUGUCGGGCUCUCUCCUCUCCCUGUAUCUUUCAUCCCUCUUGAGUUGUCUUCGGGACCUCUUCCCUUGCAAUUAUAGGGGCCAUUCAAGAUGGCGACCAGCCAUAUGCAUAAUUUAACUACCCUUAUUAAGCGGUACGAUCCCAAAUCAGCCUGCCCCAGCAUAGGGCACAGGAAGCUGCCAUGCGAAGCAUCUAUCAUGUGCUUCACUCAUAUCUUUUCGUUUCAUUAAUGAUGUAAUAGGCUGGAAGCCGCGACCUCCCGCCUGGAGGAUAUGGCUAUGGGACUGGAUGACCCCAGUUCGCCGAAAACACUCAAUGCCGCCGCUGCUCCCGAGACCGUUGCUCCUGAACCGCCCAAGCCAGCUUUUCCCCCGGCCCCUGCAGCUCCUGUCGUCCCUCCUCAAAUUGAAGACUUCGAUACAUUGAUCAAUAAGGACGUGCGCAACUUCGUGGACCUUGGAUAUAAAAUUGGAGACCUUGUCGCUGAGCAAGUGAGGCUCUCCAACCGAACGUCAUUAUAUUGCGGUUGCGACAGCGUACUGACUGGUUUUGUAGUCGAAAGCUGUCUUGCAAGCUUUUGAAGCUGAGCGCACCUACCUUUAUGUCUCGACGAAGGCGAAGAAGCCCGAGCCCCAACCCCCAGAGCUCAUGACAGAGCUUCACACUGCCUCCGAUUCUAUCAAUAUGAUCCGCGAGUCGAAUCGUGCCUCUCCUCUUUUCAACCACCUCAGCGCGGUCGCGGAAGGUAUCGUGGCUCUGGGAUGGUUCUUUGAGUCUAAGCCAGGAGAUUUUGUUAGUGAGAUCGUUGGUGGCAUUGAAUACUACGGCAACAAGGUCUUGAAGGAGUACAAGGAAAAGGAUAAGACUCACGUCCAGUACAUCCAAUCUUACUAUCAGGUCUUCAAGUCCCUUGCUGCCUACCUCAAGAAACACUACCCGAAGGGCCUGACAUGGAAUGAGCAAAACGGCAUCGAUGCGCUGGAAGCCCUCAGACAAGUCAAAGGCGGUCCUAGCACCGGAGCCAGCGGUUCCGCUCCUCCCCCUCCUCCCCCACCCCCUGUGCCGACACUGAACGUGCCUGGCGGAGCUCCUCCACCACCCCCACCACCACCUGGCGUUCCUCCGCCGCCCAGUGCGGCCCCGGGAGGAGAUAUGUCCGCUGUUUUUGCUCAGUUGAACCAGGGUGAGGCUAUCACCUCUGGUCUCCGGAAAGUCGACAAGUCCGAAAUGACGCACAAGAACCCUAGCCUUCGCGCAAGCUCAACCGUUCCGGAGCGUCCUGACUCGCAAGGCAGCAUCUCUCGCUCCAAGUCUCCAGCCCCGAGCAAGAAGCCUAAGCCGGAGAGCAUGCGCGUCCGCAAACCUCCUCGUAAGGAGCUCGAGAGUAACAAGUGGUACAUCGAGAACUUCGAUAACGCGGGUGAAAUCGUUGAGAUCCCUGCCCAGCAGAACCAGUCUAUCCUUAUCUCCCGUUGCAACAAGACCAUUGUGAAGGUGUCUAGCAAGGCCAACGCCAUCGCCAUCGACAACUGCAAGGAACUCUCCAUCAUUGUUGACUCCCUCGUGAGCAGCCUUGAUGUCAUUAAGUGUACCAAAUUCGCUCUCCAGAUCGACGGUGUGGCGCCAACGCUCUUGCUGGACCAGGUCGACGGUGCCACGGUCUAUCUCGGCCCACAGAGCUUGAAUACCGAGGUUUUCUCCAGCAAAUGCACAGCGAUCAAUAUCAUGCUUCCCCCAAAGGAGGGAACAGACGAAGAUACCAAGGAGUGCCCGGUUCCCGAACAAAUCAAGUCCUACGUCAAGGACGGCGUCCUGGUGAACGAGAUCGUCGAGCACGCAGGCUAAACAUUAAUAAGUCUAUUACGGCGCUGAGGUAUACCUCGAAAUUGUGUGUUUGGUCAGCUGCCAAUUUUGGACGACAUCUAAUGCAAUGGCUAGGAUAGUAAUAGUUGGCCAGGCCAAGUUUUGACAUAUACGACCAAUAUAAGCACCAUCCCCUUUGGAUUUAGACUCAAAUUAGAUAAACAACUUCAGUCUCUUUCUGUAUAAUUUGCGUGUGUGGUCAAGUGGUGUUGGCAAGAGUUGAUGUCACCUUGUUCAGUCUGGUUGAUAUGCACGUACCAUUGCACAUUUAGUAUAUAUUUAGACAGCCUGA